AUGGUGCUCCGGGCGUUCCGAUUGCACCGGUCCAUCACCACUCACUUUGCCCACCGCCCGGUUACCACGCGUGCUGAGAGGGAGAAGUACGCGACACUGAGGCUGGAUGACGAGCGCUGGGAGGCGCUUGAGGGGUUGAAGGGGUUUCUUGCCCCCUUCAACGUCCUCACGACCGCUGCUGAGGGCUCGGCGUACCCCACCAUCUCAAUGGUGCUGCCAGGGUACAACGAGCUCUUGGACACCCUCGAGCGUCGAGCGCGUUCCGAGGCCUCACCCCUCCUGACGCAGCUCAUUUCAGCAGCGUUGCCUUCGCUGAAGAAGUACUAUAGCGGCUGCACCGACGAGCUGGUCAUCUGCACCUUCCUCGACCCAGCCUUCGCUAUUUUGAGGUGGACACCGACUAGUGCAGCAGCAGGAGGGGGAGGGGCAUCGGACGAUGAGGUGGAGAGGUACUUGCGCGAUGACGUGGUUCAGACCUCGUCCCCACUCGAGUACUGGCGCGAUGCGAAGAACAUGGACACCCUGAAGGAGAUGGCGCGCGAUUAUCUAGCGACGCCCGCCACUACUGCAGCGAGUGAGUGUGUUUUCUCGAAGGGCCGCAACCUUAUCACUUGGCAGCGCCACCGAGAGAGCACCGACACCGUGCGGUCGUGUGCCACUCUCAAGUCAUGGUACGAGACGCACCUCGGUCAGCACCCCGGGGAUGGUGCGGUGUCUGUUACAGGGCCCACACCAAACCUUUGUGUUGAGGGCGAGGGAGACGAGGAGUAG